AUGGUUCACAAGGGCUUCAUCUCCUUCCUUCGCAGUCAUGGCGUAUGGCGGUUCAGUAUCGCCACUGCCAACCUACUCGCCAUUUGCACCGCCAUUGGGGGAUGGCUGCAGGGGACACCUCCAUCUCUGCGCAUCUCGAACGCGAGCAAGAUACCAUCGUUUUCGACCGUGGCAACGACCUCUUCACUCCCCGCAUAUGGAAUCUUGAUCACGUCAAGAUAUUCCGCCCCCGUGUUGGAGCAAGCUUUCUGGUGCCAAACCUUCGUGAAGUCCCGCCCAAAGCCCACCACGCCACAGGAGCGACUGGUCGCCAAGCCUGGUCAUCUGCUGAGCGAAGACAGCCAGCCGCGGAGCAUAUCGCACGACCGUUGGGGAGCAGGCAUGCUAGGAGGCAAUUAUUUUGUCAGCAUCUCCAAAGGUAGUAAACUCGCUUUCAGCACGAACUGGCGGAAGGACCUGCACAUCGGUACCAGGCACCUCCGCACUAGUCAGAGCGCGCACUCAACCAUGUCAGUCGUUCAAUGUGCGCUGUGGCUGAGUGACCUACGGUUCGAUUUUAGCUGA